AUGUUGUCACUCAAUACCCCGACAUACUCGGAUCCCUCUGGAUACCAGCUCUCUGACCUGCCCAAGCCUGAGCUCAACGACCCCAAAGAUGUGAUCAUCAAAGUCUAUGCAGCAAGUAUCAAUCCAAUUGAUGUCAAAAAGGCGGAUGGCAUGCUCAAGAUGGCUGUCAAAGACAAUGAAUUUGUCAAAUGUGCCGAGCAACACAUUGGCCUAAAGCCAUCCAUUUCAUUUGAGGAUGCCGCCUCAAUUCCACUCGCUGCAAUGACCGCGCUCCAAGCACUGCGAAAGUAUCGUGGCGACCUCACCGGGAAAACGGUCUUCGUGCCUGCUGGCUUGAGCGGAACCGGGCUUUUUGCAUGUCAACUGGCCAAAAAUGUAUUCCAUGCAGGCAAAGUCAUCACCACAGUUUCGACUUCAAAGAUUCCCAAAGUGAAGGAACUUUUGGGCGAAACCACCGUCGAUGAGGUCAUCGACUAUACCAAAUCCGAUCCACGAGAGGUGAUACAAGCCGGAUCAGUGGAUUUCCUCUUCGAUACGAUCGGCUCCUCUAUGGAGUUCCUGAGCCUGAUGAAGCCUCAAACCGGCUGCAUCAUAUCAGUCUCCACUAUGCCAUCAGGCUCACAGCUGCAAGACUCGUCGAUCAUGGAUCUGCCGCAUAAACCGACGAUACCAUUUGUCCCCCGAACAGCGCUCAAUGCGAUGGAUUGCGUCCGCAAGUUACGGGCGCGGCGGUACGGCGUGGAAUAUUCUUACAUGUUCCUGGAGUCGACCGGCGAGGACCUAGAUGAGUUGAGAGGACAUGUCGAAGAGGGUAGGCUGAGAACUGUUGUUGGAACUACUGUGCCUCUUUCGGAUAUCAAGGCGGUGCAAGAUGCGUGUCAGAUCGUUUAUAGCGGAAAGGGAGGACUUGGUAAGGUGGUUAUCAGAGUUGCGCAGGAAUGA